ACAUUAAAUGCCGUUUUCCAUUUUUUUGUAUUUACUCUAUUUAAGUAAUUAUAAUUAUAUAUAAAGAGACUUAUAUAUAUAGAUAAAUGUGUGUCUGUAUAUAUCUUUGUACGUGUUUAAAGCCAAUAUCAUUUCCAUAUGCAUAUCACGGAAUUUCAAAAGGAAAAAUUGUGUGUAACGUAUAGCAGCCAACAACAGCACUACUAUCGUCACCACCAUCACCAUCCACCCAAAAAACACAACUCGUUCCAAAAGAAAAAAUUAUUAUUGUUUCGGCUUGAAUAAUUAAUGUAACAAAAAGUAAUUAGCCAAUAUAUAGUAUAUAUGCAGGUUUAACUGUAUAAAUACUAAUUAUAAUUAUUAAAUAAAACAAAGUUAAAAAAUAAAAGAAAAAAAAAAUGUAUAAAGAGCAUUAGUGGAUAUGAUUUUUUUUUUUUUGUGAAAAGUGCAAGUGAAAAAGUUAAGUGAAUAAAACUUGAAAAAAAAAAAAAAAUACUCAAACAGAAGAAAAAUCUACAAAAAAAAACCAUGGUAGUACUUGGAUAACAAAGCAAAUAGCUCCUUGGAUAAGGACCUUAGUCAAUUUCUCAAAAUAACAACUACUACUACCUACAUUAAAAAAAAAAAAAAAACUACACAAAAAAGAUGUCUGCACAAAAUAUAUUGGAAACCAAUAAUUCCGGUUACGUUAGUUCGGAAGAAACCGAUUCCCUAUUGGUUUCAAAUACGCCAAAAUGCAAACCGUCUGUGUUGCGUCAAAUUAAAAUGGGAUCAGCUAACGGACCAACAAACAUGUCAACCGGCAGUAAACCAACAUUAAUACGUCAAGACCGCACAUCCACAUAUCUUACCAGCCCCCAACUCUCUGCCCAAAUACAAAUGGGCUCCGAAGAGAGUAUACGUGGCCCGGACGAAGAUGUCGAACAAGGAAUACGCCCACCAACGGUUCCCGACAUUGAAGUCCAUCCGCACGAGGAACCACAACCGACCAUAUCAGUAACAAAUCUAAAUAGCAGCAGCUAUCACGACCAAUUGCAACCGCAUCAGACUUCUUCAUAUCAGAAUAUUUCAACGACAACGACGACGACGACGCAAAACCGGUGUCGAGCGUGUCGCAACUGCAGCCGCCGUGCUUCCGCUACACCAAUAACGACCUCCAACAUGGACCGUUCCGCUUCGAGGGACAGCGUCAAAAGUGCCUUUCAACAGGGAAACCUCAGCAGCUCUGCAGUGAUAUGUGCGUCAACCAUGACCGUGCAACAGCAACAACACCAAUAUCAUCAGCAAGUUCCGCCAGUACUGGUCACAUGCACUCCCGCCAAUGGUUCACGGAUUAUUCGCCAAAGUUCACAGCCCGAAGCUAGCAACAUUGUUUGCUGCAGCAGUCACAGUACGUGUGGACACUCACAAACCGCUCCGAAUGUGUCGCUCAAACAGUUGCGUGAAAGCACAGCAGAUGGCAUUGCUGGCAUUGCUGCGGACUCGCUACGCAUCAAUGGUGGCAUGAGGCCCUUCAAGCAGGGUGUCCUUCUAAUGCCUCCUCCUUUAUCUGAGUGUAGGAAGAUCCGACUUCGAAGAGCUUUUACUGAGGCAACAAAUGAUACUAUGGCGUACUCUAAAAUGCUCCGCAAGCCAGCAUCUACACUUUCAAUUCCUGGCUCGAUGAAAACACCUUCCAUUGCGAAUCGGGAACAGAUCUCAUCUGGAUGCAACGAAGAAGCAGCCGAAGCGCUAGUGGGCAUCCACUCCGAUUAUCCAAGGUACAUGGAGGAGCGGGCACUGACUGGCGGUAAUACUUCCCGAAAACCAUCAACAAAUUCUGCGAAGCACAAACCCAAUGUAGGAUACCGAUUAGGCAGAAGAAAAGCUUUAUUCGAAAAACGAAAACGUAUAAGUGAUUAUGCCCUAGUCAUGGGGAUGUUUGGCAUUGUUGUAAUGGUAAUUGAAAAUGAAUUAAGUAGUGCUGAAAUUUAUACUAAGGCUUCGUUUUAUUCAACGGCGUUAAAAACAUUAAUAUCUGUUUCGACUGUGAUUCUUUUAGGACUUAUUAUAGCUUAUCACGCUUUGGAAGUGCAGGUGAGACUGUUUAUGAUUGAUAAUUGUGCGGAUGAUUGGAGGAUCGCAAUGACAUGGCAACGAAUUAGUCAAAUAAGUUUAGAACUUUUUAUAUGUGCUGUUCAUCCGAUUCCUGGUGAAUAUUAUUUUCUGUGGACGACUAAAUUGGCGAAUAAAAAUAAAUCAAUUGACACUAAAGUGGUGCCGUAUGAUGUAGCUUUAUCAUUACCUAUGUUCCUUCGAUUGUAUUUAAUAUGUCGAGUUAUGUUAUUGCAUUCGAAACUAUUUACGGACGCAUCAUCGCGGAGUAUAGGGGCAUUAAAUAGAAUUAAUUUUAACACGAGAUUCGUGUUAAAAACACUAAUGACAAUAUGCCCUGGAACUGUAUUACUAGUGUUUAUGGUAUCUUUAUGGAUAAUAGCAUCAUGGACAUUACGCCAAUGUGAAAGGUUUCAUGACGAAGAACAUGCAAAUCUUUUGAAUGCCAUGUGGUUAAUUGCGAUCACUUUUUUAAGUGUCGGUUUUGGUGAUAUUGUCCCAAAUACAUAUUGUGGUCGUGGUGUUGCUGUCAUCACUGGAAUUAUGGGCGCUGGUUGUACAGCUUUACUAGUUGCUGUGGUCUCAAGAAAGCUAGAACUGACACGAGCCGAAAAGCAUGUGCAUAAUUUUAUGAUGGACACACAGUUAACAAAGCGGCUGAAAAAUGCUGCAGCGAAUGUUCUUCGUGAAACUUGGCUCAUUUACAAACAUACAAGACUAGUAAAACGGGUUAAUCCCGGUCGUGUAAGAACCCACCAAAGAAAGUUCCUUCUAGCAAUAUACGCAUUGCGAAAAGUUAAAAUGGAUCAACGUAAACUCAUGGAUAAUGCCAAUACGAUAACGGAUAUGGCGAAGACUCAAAAUACCGUUUACGAAAUUAUUUCGGAUAUGUCUAGUCGUCAGGACGCGAUAGAAGAACGAUUAACAAAUCUCGAAGAUAAAUUGCAAUCAUUGCAGGAACACAUGGAAAGCCUUCCCGAUAUAAUAUCAAGGUGCCUAACUCAACAUCAGGAACGGAUAGAACAACGACGGAAUUUCUUACAUCCUGAUGCCGCUGCAAAUACGCAAAUGCAAAUAUCUCCACAGUCGGCAUUUAACGUUCCGCCUUUAUUAUUUCCUCAUUCUAGAAGCGUUCCUUCAUCUAACAACGCUGCUACAUACCAUUGGCCAACAAGUCCCAUACUACCACCUAUAUCUAGUAGAACUCCACAUUUAGUGCCUGAAACUCAUAUGUCAUCGAACGGAUCCACAGUUGUUAAUAACUACACAUCUUCCAACAAAUUUGGCAGUUGAAUAGAAGAAACUGAGUUCACGUCCAUAAACUUACAAACGACUGGAGAAGGAGAUGAAUGCGAUAUCGAAUCUGAUUAUAACACCGAAGAUUCACAAAAACAACAACAACAACAUCAACAACAAUUAUCAUCAUCUGCGAAUACAUCAACAUCCGCAGCAAAUAAGUUCACAAGAAAACGCGAACGUGUGUGCAAUAAUAAUUCUAAUAAUAUUAUUUCUAAAAUGGCGUACUGCAAUGCCUUUUCGAAAUAAACUAAUAAAAUAAGCUGAAAGCAUUUAGUUCAUAGACACUUUAGGUAUACAAAAAUUCUAGCCAAUUAAGUAGGAAUUUAAAUGAUACAAAACUAUAAGUUUUUAUAAGUUUUAUUUCAAUAAAUUAAAAAAAAAUUUUUUUAAUUAACAAAAACCUGUAAUAUAAAUUAAUCUAAUUCAACUUUUGUUUUAAGUAAGGCCGAGAUGUUAUUUUUUUGUAUUAUUAUACUAGCUAAAACCUAGAACGGCAACACUUAAAAUUUAAGAAGAGAAAUUAGUAACACAAAAUGGUUCCCAGUAAUUCUUGGCCAGUUUUGAUGUUCUACCUUUUACUUUAUUUACCAAAAAAUGCUUUAAAAAGAAACGAAACAACACCUAGUUACAGAUUUAAAAAAAAAUGUAAAAAUAGAAAGACUUGUAGGAACUAUCUCUAGUUCAAGACCGUAGGAACUAUGAAUUAUAAGGCGAACAGAAAAAAUAAAAAUGUAGAAUUUUUCAUCCCACUAUGUUGCCAGACAAAAACAAAAUUCAACUGAGGCAAAAUUGCCAUACAUUUUUUUUAGAAAUUAUUUUUUAAUUUUACCUAAACAUAGAAUGUAUUAUACAAAAAAAAAAAAAAAAAAAAAAAAAAAAAACAAAGAGAUCGAUUUUUAUAAGUGUGAAACUGCGAUAAAUAAAACAAAGAAAAAAUAAAAAAAAAAAAAAAACAAAAUUGAAAUUGAAUUUUAAACGUUUUCAUCUUUUUUUUUAGAAUAAAAAAAGACUUAUAACAUAAAACAUGUAAAAUAAAGUGAAACCUAAGCACAUAAAGGAAUAAAAAGAAAAAAAAACAUUAAAAAUAUAAAGAAGCAUAGCUUUUUUAUCUGUUAAUUAUUUAUUAACAAAUAUUAUUCAUUAUAUAGUUCAAUUUUAUAGCUCUGUUUAUUCAUAAACUAUCAUUAUAAGCAUCCUAUUUAAAUAAAUUUUAAAUUGAAAAUAAAAAUUAAUAAAAAACAAAAACUCACUAGAUAUUAUGUACGUGACUAUAAUAAUAAUGUAGUCAUUUUAAUAAAAAAAAAAACAACAAUUAAAUACAAAAUCUUUAAAAAACAACGCAAGUAGUAAUAAAAAUAAAAGAAAAUAAAAGCAGAGCUAUAGAAUAAAUCAUAUUAAAAUUAAAUUUAAAAAAAAAAAUACCCCCAACGACGAUAAAAUGAGACAAAAGCUAUUCAAGACCAUUUAAAUUUUUGAAAAAGAAAUACUUUUUUGUUUUGUUACUUUUGCUUCCUUUUUUAUUUUAAUAGAUUUAAUUCAAUAAGCAGAGUUGUUUUUUUUAAUUACAUAUUAUAAAAUCUUACAGUCGAGCCCCGUUGCACAUUCUCCGGAAAUUAAGCUUAGAAUUCGGUUGUUUUGCACCGGAAAACAUCAUUGCCAAAAAGCAAAUUUGCAAAAGUGGCAUCGGUAAAAACUGUACUGGACGACAAAAAAAAUGUCGAUAGCAAGACUUUGUUAUUUUUAUAGAUUUUAGUGUGUUGAAUUCAAAACUGAUUACAGAUUUAUUCUAUCACGUCUAUUUUUUUAGUUUUACUUAUCAGUCAUUUUAUUACUAUUUUCGAUAUAAAGUUUCAAAAGCUGACUUUCAAUUUAUUCUUUUUUAUAUUUAAUCCAAAAUAUAUGUUUUUCUGUAAAAUUUUUUAAUGAAAAUCAAAAUGUCACAAAAUUGUAUUGCCUUCAAAAAACCAUAAGUUGUUUUAACCACAAAUUUUGAAAUACCAUAAAUUUCUAGAAAUAAUUUCGAAAUGAAAUAAACAUUAGACAGUAAAAUAUGACUUUUGAAAUCGCCUACAUAGUUUUGCAAACCAAAAAUUAACGGUCCAUGUAAUUUGAAAAGUACCCAACAACCGCGUUUUUGACCUUUUUAUGUUUAGGUAUUUUAAAAAAUUGCCAGUGAAAUUUUGACUUCAGAUUUGGAAUCAGAACACAAAAAUCCUUUUUAACCAGUGUCAUUGAUUAAAUAGACUAUUCUAAAAUCAUUAAAUCAAGUAUAAUUCGACAAUUCUCUUUGUUUACAUGUCUGCUUAAGUCGAAGUUGAGCUAACCACUAUUCAGUCAUCAUAUAGAGUGGAGCAGAGUUUCGUUCUCGUCUCCCCAAAAAUUCAAAUUGGAAAGCCUGUGCGAUUUAAUUUGCUUUAUUUAAUAAUUUAUUUAAGCUUUAUUCAAAAUCAAAUAAAAUCCCUUAAACAGUGAGAUCUUCUGAUGGGCACAUAAAUUUGCUGCCGAAACGCUUCUAAACAAUUAUAAUUAAUUCAAGGCGAACUUAAAACUAAGAACUAUACCAAUCUGAUUAUUUUAUGUAACUUCACACAGCUCGAUAAAUUCAAUUAAAAGCUUUCUAUUGAGCUAAUUUGAUAUCUGAGAAUGAUCUUAAAAAAACUUGAACUAGCUCGAAAAACUCGAAAAACUACCAGCUCAAACUGAAAAUGAAUGUGAAUGAACAUUAAAGACAAAUUCCUAAAAUAGCUAAUUCAAAAAUCUAAAUAAAAAUCUCAGAGGUUUUAUUUUUUGUUAACUAUUUUUUAACUUUUUCUUAAUUUUUAAAUAAAUCGAAAAGAAACUAAUCUUUAGAUUUUGCUAAUUAUGUAUAUAAUAAUUGUUAAAUUUGAAAGCUUUUUAAAUAUUUUUAAGCAAUUUUUGAAAUCAUUUAUGUGUGGAUUUGGCAGGAGACAGUAAGUAGGUUUUCUUUUACUGGCUUAAACAUCGUACAUUGUACCUUUUUAGUCUAACCGAUCAUUUCGGGACCUCUGUACAUUUUUUUUUAAAUUGUUUUCGAGAACAGAAUUUUAAGUUAGGAAAAAGUUCUUAAAACGCUAGAUACUAUAUGGACAUAUGGCAGCGAACUUAAAAAAAAAUUAUUUUUCAACAGGACAAAAGGAUGAAAUUCUUUAGUAGUAAAGUAGUAGUAAACGUACUGGAAAGAAAAUCUAUUCAUGAGUUCACUACUACUUCCAAAAGAACGGGGCUAUUGAAAACAAUAGCAAAUAUCUAUUACUCUAAAGCCAGAAAAAUUUCUGAACCGAUUGUAUUAGGGUGGGAAAAUGGGAGCUUAAGCUUAUCCAAUUAUAAAAACCUUUGCAUUUAUGAAAUUGGGGUUUCUUUAGACUUUUAAAUUGAAGUUGAUUUCCAUAUCUUACAGAGCUCUAUUUAAGCUUAUGGCAAUCUUUUUACAUUCUCAGAAAAGUUUUUAAAGAAAUAAUCCGAACAAUAAAACUUGUAACUAGGUAUUUAUCAAAAUACAUAUGUUUUAUUUUAUCUAAAUGUAUCGUCAGAAUUAUUAAGUUAACAUUUCCAAUAUUUUGGAAAUGUUGAAAAAUAGUCAUCACAACCCAUUUCCGACCUUACAAGGGAAAAAAGAAUUUCUCUUCAACUUCUUUUUUUCUUUUUUGUUCAGCUAAAUGUUGCUUAAGAAAUAUUAUUUAUAUUAACGUUAAUUAUUUAAAUUUGAAAUGGUCUUGAAUGGCAAGUACUGCUAAAUGUGUGAAGAUACUAAAAUGUUUUGACGCCAAUAAGAAAACAAUUUAAUAAAAAUCAACAACAUUUCUGAUGUUAUAAGUCGAGCUUUGCGGUUUUUCAUUUGCUAGAAUAUAGGUGAACAAGCUUUUUUCAAAAAUUUCUUUCUUUCAAUUCUUUGUGUUUAAAAAAGUAUGUGGAAAUUAGAUAUUAUAAGUAUUAUAAUACCAGAUGUACAAGAACGAGAAACAAACCACAAAAUAAAGUAUAAACAUCAAAAAUAAAUAAUCUAUUCAUAUUAUAAUACCAACAUUAAUAUUAUAAGACUGUCAACAAAAACCAAAAAAAAAAAAAAACAAAAAAAAUCGAAAGCUUUAUUGGAUUACAAUUUCAACUGUCCGGAGCUCUAAAACUUGCCGACUUUAUAUAAUAUUUUGUUAAUCCCCCCCUCUAAACAAAAACAAAACAAAAAUAUAUCUAAAUGUAUGUUUGAGGAUUUGUACCUUCUUGUUCACAAUUGACUAAGUGCAUUUUUAUUAUUAUUAUCAAAAAAUAAAUAAAUCUUUCUAAAUCUCUCUAUUCAUUUUUUUACAUAAUUUUAGAUACCUUCUUAUUAAAAAAAAAAACUUUAUAUACAAAAAAAAACCUAAUAACCAUAGAUUUUUAACAAAAAAAAAUUAAUAAAACUUUUAAAUUUUUAACCAUAAAUUAUAGGUUUCCUUGAAACAGCUAUACAAAAAUAACUGUGUAUUUCAUUAUUUUGUUAAAGUUUUUGGAUGGUUUCACCCAACAAAACAUAAAACACUGAACCAAUUAUUUUAUUAUUUUAAACAACAAAAAAUACAAAUAUAAGCCAAAUAUAGCUUUAUGGUAAAAUACCUACAACAACAUCAAAUCAUGGUUUUAUACAAAUGGAAAACUGCAUCUCGAUUAUUGAAGUUAAAAUUUAAAAAAAAAAGAAAAACCAACUAGUCAUUAAUACCUAUACCUACACAGAUGAACACAUACACUCACAUCAAAUUAUAUUAAACUGGAAAAAAUAGCUUUAAAAGUCCAUUGACAAAAAAUAAUAAUUAUUAUAGUUGUUCACAUCUAAAACACACAUUUACUACAAUUGCAUGAAUUACAAAAAAAAAAAUCUAAAUAGAAAAUUUUAAACCAAAUAACCCACGACAUUAAAGCAUGAAUAUGCUAAAGUUGUUAUAUUCAUAACUCCACUAAUGCAUACAUAGUAUAUUAUGUAAACCAAAAUAAUAAUUCUACUACACACUUCACACACAAACGAACAAACACUCGAAAAAUUAAAAGACAAAACUAAAAUUAAAAAAUAAUUUAAAAAAUAAAAUAAAUAAUUGAAAAUAUAGUUCGACGAACAAAGACCAAUUUAUAGCAGACUAAGUUUUAGAACAAACAAAAAAAAUAAAAUAAAAUGAACGGCAAAAGAAUAAACUAAACAAGAAAAUUAAAAACCAAUGAAUUUGGAAAAUUAAAAAAAAAAAAAAAAAAACAAAAAUAGGGGUCAUCAAUAAAAGAACAACAUCAACAAUAAAAGUUAAAACAAAAAAAAACUUAAACUUUUACUUAAAUUUAAACCAAAAAAAAAAACAUUAAA